AUGGCAGUGGGAACAAUUAGUCGAUUAUUGGAUUCAGAAAGACUUGGGGUUGCUAGCAGAAAACAACAAAAAUAUACUCAUACCUCUGGAUCAAAGAGCUUUGCUAGAAAGGAAAAGGAAAUGGAGGUUCACAAUGGAAGAAAAGUAGGACGGCUCGAAUUUUUUAAAGCAACUCACACUAAAAAGGAUGGUUCUCACAUGAAUGUGGAAACUGAACAAAUUAUGGUUAAAGCAAAUGAGAAGUUAGCUGAAUGUGAAACAGUGGAUGAGGAUAUGCAGAUUGUUGAAACUGAAAUUCUGACACAAGUUAUUGGAAAAGAACGAUGUGGGCGAGUAAGAGGGCUUGGAUUGGGUCCAACACUCAAAACUUAUUAUGGGGGUACGACUAGCAGAACUUCUACUACCUCAAGCGCCCAAUCAAGUGAGUUUGUUGAGCGGUUUAAUCAAAUGGAACAACAAAUGCAACAAUUGAAAGAGGAGCGAGAGCAAGAACGGGCAAAACGUGAGGAAGAACGUGCACAAGAAUGUGCUCGAUAUAAUGCUCUUCUUGGGUUUUUACAAACUCGAUUUCCUGGAGUUACUAUCCUUGGAGUUGACCCAGCUGGCUCAACUUCUCAGUCACAGAAUCAGCCUUCUGGAGAUGAGUAG